GGUGGCAAUUUGAUAUAACUAAUGCUAGUGUUCCCUCUAGCCCUGGUUUUAAUAUUUUUGACAAAGCAAAACAAAAAAAUGGUCAAGACAUCACAAACUUUUUCAAAAGAGAUGAAAUAGCUAGUUGUAAUCUCAGCACGACCCCAAAAUUUACUGCAGUCACUCAACUUCCUUGUUCUACUAAUUCUAGCAUUUGCCCUCUUGAUCAAUUAAGCUUUUCAUUGUUGCAACAGUAUAAUUUAAAAAAUACUUCAAAACGAGUUGGCUUUGACUAUGGGGAUCUUGGCUCUCCAGAGUUAAAAAAUUACUUUGUUAUUGAUGGUUAUGUACUCAACAUGGAUCCAUAUAUUAGUGCUCAUCCAAGUCCAAUAGAGAACGAUUUACUUGAUAAAAUGAUUC